AUGCCGGGCGAAGAGAUGGAAAUCAGCACCGAUUUCGGCCAUCACGGCCCAGGAGAGGACAUCGAUAUAGAUCUCGACUUCGCUGCUGGACAGCACGAUGAGGACUUGGAGCUGGGCGACUACGACCAGGCUGACGAGUUCCAACACUUCAAUUCUGACAAUAGGGAUGAGUUAAUGGCCGAAGGCGAUGAUGCCUCGUACGGCAUGAUCGAUGCCGAUGACAUCACCUAUAACGAGACAGCUACUGCCGCCAACGACUAUGACAUCGAUAUCGGCGGCGCUGACGAUCAGUCAUGGCCCAUGGAUGACAGUAUCACGGUGGACGCUGCGGAUACGGCUACAGAUAUGGUCAAGAGCACCAAUCUAAGUGCUGACGACAGCCUAGACCAACUCCAAGGGAAUGAUGCCUCUUUGCUUGAACAUGACUAUGUUACUGAGGAGUCCGUUUCGAGUAUCCCAGUCCAGCAACCUGAAGAUCAUGUCCAAAUUGGCGAUAAUGCAGUGUCUCCUGUACUUGUUGAACAUGACACCGAGUCUAAAGUACAUGUCGACGGCAUCGUAUCACAUGAUUUUGGUAUUCCUUCGAGCGAAGGAGACCAGAAGCAACCGCCGCAACCAGAAGACUUGCAGGCACAGCAGGAAGCACCGCAGCAAGAUGAAUCUGAUGUCGUGCAAUUUGAGCAGCUGGACGGCGCGGAGAAUGAAGAGCAAGAAGGGGAUGCUGAUGCAGCUGGUGUUGAUGACUCCUAUCAACAUGGUGAUCCCACCACUGAAGUCUUCCCAGAUCCUGAGCCGGAGGUAGAAUACGAUCCGAACCAGGAGGGUGAAGAUGCUUCAUCAGAGCGCCAUGGCUCUCAAUCUCACAGCCAACAUGAGCCUGACCACGAUGCCCCGGAGGAGGGAACAUCUGUGAUUGCAAAUGAUCCCGAAGGGGCUGAGGGCACCGAUAACGACACAGCAGAUGCAUAUCAACUAGGUGAAAGCUCACUUGAGCACACCAAUGAACAAAACAGUGACGGCCCUGGCGGCCCAAAGGAGUCUGACAUCUCGUCCGUACCGCAAAGCGACACCCAUAUCAGUGCCCCCAACGAGGAGAUUGCGUUGCAGGACCAAGACCAAGACAAAGACCAAGACAAAGCCGGACGCUGGGACGACGAUGCGGAAGAUGCUGCCACGAUUGCCCGUCGCCACCAAAUGAUUGUGCGCUAUGGCGAAUCAGAGUACCGACUGUUCGCUGCGUCGCCUGAUGAAGAUCCUAGUGAGUACUUCUUCAAUGAUACAGCCGCCCUGGAACUCCCCCUUGGCGAGUUCUUGUCUGGAAUUCGGAAUGUCAUCUCUGAGGAAGUAUCGCCUCUCGACGAGUUGGUCAUGCACGUCGAUGGUCUUGGCCUUGAAUUCAGCGAGAGCAUGACAAACCAAUUCCUUGGCGCCUACACGUUUGGGCACAUUAUUACUCUUUAUGAUUCUCUGCUGAAGAACGAUGCCACGGAGGGUGCGAUUGAAAGCCCCGAGCUCUACAUGCACCUCAUGGUAAGACCAAGUUGUUUACAGCGCCUCUUGGCGCUUCAAGUCCAGGCUAGUUCUGGUAAGAGCUUGACCGACGUCGCCGUCUAUCGUGACACCACACCGGUAGAUGAUGACAAGGCCAGUGAACACGAAGAGCUUGCCGUGACGCCAGACUAUACGCAAGAGGACGAACUCUAUGAGGAAGAUGACGAAGCCAGCGAGCACCAUGGUUCCCAAGAUCAUGGUGGCAAUGGUGACGACGAGCCGGAAUCAGAUCCGAACGAAGAGCAAGGAUCGCACGAGGAGCCAGAUCCUGGUGUUGCAGAAGAGACUGGACAAGAAGCUGCUGACAAUGCUGUCAAUGGCGUCGAUCAAGAAAAUGCGGGAGAUAACGUACUUGAUUACGAUAACAUCGAUCUCUCGCCUUCAAAGCAUGGUAAUGCACCCCAUUCCUUCAGUUCCUCCCCUCCCUAUGAUUGCUACGGGUCAGUCGACUGCGACUGCGAUACUUGUUUCGUUCAGCGAAUCGAGGAUGAAUACAGUCCCCGCAGUGCUAGUUGCCCCACGCAAAUCGACAUCCUCCCGGCCAACAGAGCGUCGACCAAGACAACGCUCUUACAAGUACCGAAGGGCAAAGACAGGGGGCAAUUCUUUGACAUGCCCAUACAGUUUGAACUCUCUCAGGCUAACUCCCGUCAACCACAAGAUUUCGACGAAUACCACGGCGAUUCUUCCACUGCUAAUCGCGAUUCGACUAACGUGGAAACGAAAGCGGAAGACACUACCACUUCCAACGCUCAAGAACAUGACGAUCCUCCUUCGCAGAGCACCAGUGCAACCGCUACUUUGGCUGAUGAUGGCCAAGACGAAAUCGACUACGACGAGAAUGACAAUGAUAUCAGCGGCACCGCCAGUACACAUGAUCCUGUCCCGGAACCUGCUGCUAAGUUGAUGGUGCCCGUGGAUGAGGAAAUCACGUGGGAGUCUGAAAACGAAGAGGCACGCAUUGACGUUUCAGUUACUUCUCAGCCAUCGGGGCAAGUGUCUACGACGCCUGGGAAGAGAACACGUGCUGAAUCAGAGGCACUUGCAAUCUCUGGUGAUCGGAAAGAUGUCAAGCGUCAACGAUCCUGA